AUGGAUGGCGCUAAACCCGUUGCCACACCCCUCAGUUCCACUGAGUCUCUUUCUCCUGUUGAUGGCUCAUCUCAGAUUGAUCCUACACCAUAUCGUCAGCUGGUGGGUUCUCUCCAAUACCUUGCCUUCACUCAACCUGAUGUCUCCUAUGCCGUCCACAAGCUCUCACAAUACAUGCAUUCCCCAACUCAACUUCAUUGGCAAGCUUUAAAACGUGUUCUCCGCUACCUGAAAGGCACCAUCCAUCACGGUUUGUUUCUUAACCGUGGGUCUCCCAUUGAUCUUACCGCAUUUACCGACUCUGACUGGGGUGGUAUUGCAGAUGGGGGGCGCUCCACAACUGCAUACAUCAUCUAUCUUUGCUCAAACGUUCUCUCCUGGCGCUCAGCGCGUCAAAAAUCGGUCUCUCGAUCUUCAACCGAGGCGGAGUACAAGGCAUUAGCAAAUGGAGCUGCCGAACUAUCUUGGUUCCAGAACCUAUACACACCACCCACCUGGGAUGAUGCUUCCGAUCCGUGUAGUGGCAGUUGGGAGGGCAUCACCUGCUCAAACGGUCGUGUCACCAAAAUCACCUUGUCCAGCAUGCAACUGAUUGGUGAGCUCCCGGGAGACAUCGACCAGUUUACCGAACUGCGGAUUCUAGAUUUAUCUUACAAUAAAGAUUUGACUGGAUCACUCACUUUGAAUAUCGGGAAUAUGAAGAAAUUAAAAAACUUAAUUCUGGUUGGUUGCAGUUUCAACGGUCCCAUUCCAGCCACCAUUGGAAACCUUAAAAGUCUUAUCUUUUUAGCCCUAAAUUCAAACAGCUUCUCGGGACCCAUUCCACAUUCAGUUGGCAAUCUAAAAAAUCUGUAUUGGUUAGAUCUCUCUGAUAACAAGCUCACAGGGAGCAUACCAGUUUCAAACCCAACAACGCCAGCUGGUCUUGAUAACUUGACUCACGCCAAACACUUUCACUUAGGAAACAACCAGCUUUCAGGUGAUAUCCCACUUAGGCUCUUCAGCUCCAACAUGAAACUCAUUCAUCUGCUAUUAGAAAACAACAGGCUUACGGGCACUAUCCCGUCCACCCUCGGACUUGUCACGUCUCUUAAAGUUGUACGACUUGAUAGGAACUUUUUGAGAGGCGAUGUCCCAUCAAAUAUCAACAAUCUUACCAAUACUACACAGAUGUUUUUGUCAAACAAUCGAUUGACUGGUCCGAUACCAAAUCUCACUAGCAUGAACGUCCUCAACCCCUCUAUCACUAUCGAUUUAAGCAAUAAUACUUUUAAUCCAUCCGAGGUUCCCUCAUGGUUAUCGACUAUACAGGCUUUGACAACCAUUAAGAUGCACAACACUAACCUUGGAGGAGAACUGCCCUCGACCUUGUUCAGCAUUCCUGAGUUGCAGAACAUCGAUUUAAGUAACAACCAAAUAAAUGGUACCUUGGACAUUGGUUCAAAUCCUAGCACACAACUUGAACUUGUUGAUCUUCGAAGAAACAGCGUUGCGGAGUUCGCCCAACGCCACCAAUAUCGACAUGGUAUUGGUUUAAUACUGGUAGAGAAACCAAUAUGUAUGGAAUCUGAUCUGAACGACGCAUUUUGCUUCCUCCCAACAAAUACCACUCCAUCAUAUUCGACACCAUCGAACAACUGUGAGCCUCCUUCAUGUGUUCCAGGCCUUAUUGCGAGCCCAAACUGUCGAUGUGCAUUACCAUACACGGGCAUACUUUUCUUCCAAGCUCCUUCCUUUUCUUCAGUAGACAAUUCCACUAUUUACAUCUCUCUUCAAAAUUCAUUGAUGUCAUUCUUUCAAAAUGCCAGUCUCCCUGUAGAUUCAGUAUCAUUAAAGAAUCUGGGCAAAUCCUUGGAAGAUUAUCCUCUGCUCCGUCUUGAUGUUUUCCCGCCUGGCCCACAACCUUCGUUUACUAGGACUGAGAUUAUUGGGAUCGGUUUCGCACUAAGUAAUCACUCAUUCAAGCCGUCAAAAGUGCUCAACGCCUACGGGUUCAUUGCUGACAACUAUACUAACUUCUUCUCAGGGACCGAAGACACCGGACACAAGUCAUCUAACACUGGAAUUAUCAUAGGAUUAGCCGUUGGUGGUGUGUGCUUGUUAUUAGUUCUAGUAGGAAUCUAUGCUUUCCGUCGAGCUGAAAGAUCCCCACAACAGAACGAACCGUUUGUACUCUGGGAUCCAAACAGCGGGAGUGGUGGUGUUCCUGAGUUGAAAGGAGCAAGAUCCUUCACCUAUGAACAACUUCAGAAGUACACAAACAACUUUUCGGAGACUAACAACAUAGGAAGAGGCGGAUACGGGAUGGUAUAUAAAGGAAGUCUUUCGAAUGGGCAGCUGAUUGCAAUAAAAAGAGCUCAAGGAGGAUCUUCACAGGGUGGAUUCGAGUUUAAAACUGAGAUCGAGCUUCUUUCAAGAAUUCAUCACAAGAAUGUAGUGGGUCUUAUCGGAUUCUGUUUUGAUCAGAGUGAACAAAUGUUGGUUUAUGAGUAUAUCGUGAAUGGUACACUCAAGGAUAGUCUUUCCGGGAGAUCGGGCAUUAGGUUGGAUUGGAUGAGGCGGCUUAAAAUAGCACUUGAGGCGAGAGGUUUGCAGUAUUUACACGAUCAUGCUGAUCCCCCAAUCAUACAUAGAGACGUUAAAACGAAUAAUAUCUUACUUAACGAAAGAUUAGUUGCAAAAGUUGCUGAUUUUGGACUAUCCAAACCAUUGAGUGAUGCUGAUAGGACUUAUGUAACAACUCAAGUCAAAGGGACCAUGGGUUACAUGGAUCCUGAGUACUACAUGACUCAACAAUUGACCGAAAAAAGUGACACUUAUAGCUUUGGAGUGGUGAUGUUGGAGCUAAUAACGGCAAGGAACCCAAUCGAGAAAGGCAAAUACAUUGUGAGGAAAGUGAAAGAAGCAAUGAACAAAAAUAAAGAACUAUAUGACUUACAAGAAGUUCUUGACCCGACUAUUGGUUUGAGUAGCCAACUCAAAGGUUUUGAGAGGUUUGUGGAUUUGGCUCUUAGGUGUGUCGAGGAUAUGGGAUAUCAAAGACCAACAAUGAGUGAAGUCGUGAAAGAGCUGGAGAGCAUUAUAGAAUUGAUGGUAUGCACUGAAUCAUCAUCGUCAACUUCAGCAAGUUAUGAAGGAGCAAGUAUAGACCACAAUUAUCCUUAUAGUAAUGACAGCCUUUUAUCUUACAACGGAGGUUCUUUACCCCCAACGUUUCAUCCAAAGUAGCUUUUUUUGUUUUUACUUUUGCAAUGUAUGU